CAUGAAGAUGGUCAUCUUGAUUUUAAUAAUAACAAUACUCAGUACACACGCUUAAACAUCAUUAAGAGGCAAGAAUAAAAUUGGUAUGAAUGAUCUUUAUUAAGACUAGAGUAGAACGAGGAAUAAUCAUUUAUGUCAAAUAAUAAUUAUAUGUAAGAACUAUAAGAAUACUCAUUGUUUGUUUAAUUAACAAAGCCUUUCUAUGAAACUGCACCAAUGGAUGUUAUGAUGCUUAAUCAUGAAAUGGAAAUAGCUAGAAUGAUGGGUAACCCAGGAGUAACAAUGAUGAAUUAUGUUCUUGAAGAGUCCCCUUUCCGUCCUGCUUGAUCAAAAAAUUAAAUGGCAUUAUGUGAUGAUUCCUAUUCAUAACGGAAUUAACAACCUAAAAUUACCACAUUUAUUAUUUGCAUGC